AAAAAUAUGGCGUCAGUACAAUUAUUGUCACCACCACCCUCAUUGUAAGAAGCACGUAUCAGCCCAUCAUCAGAAACACAUCCUUUUAGUCUUUGUAUGUAGCUCGUUCCUUUGGGUUGUUUUUGUGCAAAGGUGAAUUGAGAUGCUAUGGCAGGGGUGGAACUGGAGGCAUGUGUUGAUGGGGCAUGGUGGGAUGUGGAGCAGCUGCGAAUUGAAGGAGGGAAGAUGAUAGCCCAUUUUGAAAAUCAGACGAGAGAUUACGAUGAGGGUAUCAGCGUGGAGCAGAUCAGGCUCCGCUCUAGGGCAGCCAUCGACUCCGACUGCAUUGAUUUCUUGAAGCCCAACACGGAUGUCUGUGUCUUUGCUGCUCACCCAAAAGCAAGAUUACGCACUUCAGGAUUCAAUCCAUUCCGUGCAUGGUAUGAUGCAAAAAUCAUAAGUAGUGACAAGAAACCACAUCGAGAUGGCUGUGACUGUAAGUUCUAUGUGAAAUUUUAUCGGGCUAAUAGGGAGGAUGUGCUUGAUCUUGAGCAUCGGCCACUAUUUGGAAGCAGAAAAAGAAAAGUAGGGAUUGAAAGCAUUGCAAUUCUGCAAGCACCUUGCCAGCUAGAAGGGAAGCCCUCUAUAAUCAACAAACCUGUAGAGACAUGCAUUGAAGAUUCUUCAACAAUACGUGUCCCAGCAGUUGCUAGCAGAUCUAUGAAAUUACAUAUUGAAGAACUCAUUUCCUUUUCUGUUAAGCAAGGAGUUGUUCUUGAAAUCAGUUUAAAACUGCUUGAGGAAAGUGAUCUUAAUGAUCCACAUGAAGAUGAUGCACUUGGCCUCAGGGAUAGUGGUGACCAAGUUAACUUGUUUCAUUCUAAAUUCCAGUUGGGUAAGGAUGGUGACUGUGUUAUGAUCAAGCAACAAGGAAGCAUGCCAAUUAUCUCUUCCAAUAAAGAUAUGGGAUGUUUCAUAUUGUGUAUAGAUAAGUACCAUGCAUGUCAGGUAAAUUUGCAAUUUGAUGACCAAAAAGCUCCAGAGAAAUUUAGUGGGAAGCCCGAUUGCAAUGAUGGAUGUGACAAUUCAUGGAUUCAAAAUGGUUUGUCAAAGAUAUCCCAAGAGUCUCAAAAUGAAAAUACCAUUUCCAGACAGUCUGAAUGUUUAACAAAACAAAGUGAACAGUUUUCACCUCGAAGAAAAUGCAAGCCAGUGAGCAAUCAUCUUAACGGAAAUACAUGUUUUCCUGGAAAGUUGGAAAAUCACAGAGAUCAGGUGAGCAAGGUUAACAUAACAACCAGAUGUCCAUCAACACCCGCAAGGAAGAAGCGUAAAAUUAUUGCUAGCUCUCGACGGUCACGGUAUUUGCAGGCUCAAGCUCAAGAAAUUGAAUAUAGACAGGGGAAACAAAAAUUGACAUUACUGGGGCAGGGCAUCUUAAAAAGAAUGAGAGAACCGCGUUAUGAUGUUUGCAUUAUUAGGCGCUCUAAGCGCCUGAGAGAACAGGCCCAGAAAAUUCAAAAUAAACUCUUACAGAUUCAGAAAGAAAAGGUACUGAUGAAAUAUGAAAUGCAAAAGGCAAGUUGUCAGAAGAGGAAAAACAAGGAAGUGGUGGGAAGCAACCCACCAUUCAGCAACGUGGAAUUUUCAAACAUAAAUAGCAAUAUAAAUGUGAAUGCAUGCUUUGACCUGGAAGCAGUUGGGAUUCCAACUGAAAAAUGGAUAGAGAAUAUACCUGCAAAUAUAUUAGGCAUAGACAUGUAUACAGAGACAUGUGACACCACAAAUUCAGGAAUUUGUAUGACAUUAGAUCUUGUUGAAUUGUCACGUGAUGAGUAUAAAACAAGGGAUAUAGAGAACAGUGAACCUGUUGUACCUGAGAUGGAAACUUUGGCCAUCACAAUGACACCAGACAUCGCUAUAUCUCAGGAGGAAAUCAUUGAUAGGCGUUCACUGAUUCCUAUAGAGGUUGGAGAUGGAUUCAGUAUGGAAAUGUCUAGUGAAGGUACAGAAAGUGAGUUUCCAAUGGUUAUUGCAGAUUUCAAACAGUCAAGGAUGCCAAUUAGUGAUGAUAUGAUUCCAGCAAAUUCAUUGGAAUUAGAAAAUUCGGAGAGAGAUAACAAAUGUAUACAUAAUCUAGAUAAUGGAGGGAGUCAUGAAGUAGAGGUCUCAAAGAAAUCAAUCCCACUUGAUAUGCAGAACAAUGAAACUGCUUUUCAUAAAUACUUGCUGAACAGAAGUGAUAAAUGUAUGUAUAUGGAGGAAAAAACGGAACAGUUUGAAAUAGAGGAUGCCAAUGGCACUGCACCUAAACUAGAAGACUACAAUCCAAUACAGAUAAGUGAUCCUGAAAGCCCAAUAUUUGCAGCUAUGGGAGAUGAUAGCAAAUUUAAUCAGAAAUGUAACACCAUCUGUAUUGAAGAAGCUAGUACUGAAAAUCAUAUGGAGAAAGUAAGUGCAAUGGCAUCACAUGUUGAUAUAUCCUUAAUGGUGGAUAGAGAUACAACUUCAUUGAUUUCUGUAAAUUCAGAAGAGCCAAACAAAGAGAAUAAAUGUCGAAGGAGUCUCAAGGAAAAACCAAAAAUCAAACAAGAGGCUCGAAAUAAACAAGGACUUCGUUCUGCUGGCCAGAAUGAAAUUGCCAAUGAGGGUGGGCUAGAAGAAGGCGGCUUUGGUACUAAGAGUUUUUCAAAAUUAAUAGACAGAAGUUCACGAGCAGAUCAACCAACUCCCUUCCAUAGUGAGAUACACACUUUGGGGAACCCUGAAUAUUUGCAGGAAGUAACUAAAGCUGGCAAUGCAAGUAACAUCGCCCUGCAAAUUGGAGGAAAUGAGUCUAUGGAGACAGACAACAUAGGGACACAAUAUGUAGUAGUUUCCGAUAGUAGAGAUAGUGAGGAGGUUAAUGCUAAUAGUUGGAUAGAGGAAGUAACUCCAAGUGUGCCGCAUGCAAGUGCAUCCAAAGGGACAGUUCAGAAAACAUCUCCAGUGAUAUCUAUAAUCUCAGAUAAUGCAAACAGAAUGUUUGAGCAUCAAAACUAUUUCAAGGACAGAAAGAAGCAGUUGGGAGCACAUCAAAACUAUUGCAAGGACAGAAAGAAGCAGUUGGGAGCAGUUCUGCAUGGAAAAAGAACUGUAUUCUUAAGCAAAGAAGAAAAUGAUCUACGUUCUAGUGCAGAGAGAGUGAAUAAUCAUUAUGUGAAUAUGUCAACUGUAAAUGUAGCAUUGAAAAGAAAAGAUCUUUCAGAGGACAUAAAAAUGAAGUUUCAACGGCUCUCUGCAUCCAUAGAAUCUGAAAUUCAUAAACCUUCCCCUCCUGUUCUUGUCAGAUGGUCAAUGAUAGAGAAAAAAAAUGAGGUCCAUGAAGGUUUUAUAUCUGAUCUAAUUAUCAAUGAGGAUGGAUUUGAUUUCAAUAGCACAAUAGAAGAGAAAAGUUCUGACCUCAAGAAUCUUUGGGAAGAAAUGGAGCGGACACUAAAUGGGGAUCUUUGUGAUUCAGAAAACAUGCAUCCAACAGACAGAGCAUCAGCUGGUAAUUCAGCAGAAGCAGAAGCAGAAGAUGAUGCAUAUAGUCAUUUUUGCAUAAGCGAGCAUGAAUUCAUCUUAGAUGAAGAGAUUGGAAUCAUAUGUCGAAUAUGCAAUUUUGUGAAAACAGAGAUAAAUAAUGUCAGUGCACCAUUUCAACUCUGGAAUUCAGAAACAAUUCGGAGCCGCUCAAGAGAUAAUUUUUACAUGGAUAGGAAUUUUGGAGAUAUUGUAAUUCCAACAUUGGAUGAUGACUCACCAUGCAGCCAAUCUAGCAAAAUUUCUGAAAAGCAUGAUUCUGUGUGGGAAAUAAUUCCAGAAUUGGAAGAGAAAAUGAAUGCCCACCAAAAGCGAGCAUUUGAAUUUCUAUGGAGAAAUCUUGCUGGUUCAUUAGUCCCAGAAGAAAUCGAGGCUUCAGAGAAUGAUAUUGGGGGUUGCAUUAUUGCUCAUGCUCCAGGGACAGGAAAGUCCUUCACGAUCAUAAGUUUCCUGCAGAGUUACAUGACUUUGUUUCCAAGAUGUAAGCCACUUAUAAUUGCCCCGAAAAGUAUGCUAUAUACAUGGGCAAGGGAGUUCCAAAAGUGGAAUGUUAACAUUCCUGUAUAUAUUCUAAAUUCAUUGAGAGAUUUUAAGAGAAAGGAAAAUCCUCUCAGGAUAUCAGCAAUGCUGAAGUCAUGCAAAGCAUCCCUCAGACAGAUUUACAAUGUUCAUUGCAUUGCAAUGCUACAUGAGUGGCAUAAGAAGGAAAGCGUUCUGGUUUUAAGUUACCCAUUGUUUUACACUUUGACAAAUGAAGAAAAUGCUAAUUCUGAAGAAAGAAUGCUAAUUGGAAAGUACCUUAGCAGAAGUCCAGGUCUUUUAAUACUUGAUGAAGGGCACAUUCCACGGAGCCACAGGUCAAAAAUUUGGAACUUAUUGAUGAAAAUAAAUACAAGGUUAAGAAUUUUGCUUUCAGGAACCUUGUUUCAAAAUAAUUUUGAGGAAUACUUCAACACACUUUGUUUGGCAAGACCAGCAUUUGUUGAUCGCAUUUUGCGAUGGAGAAGGCACAGAAGCAAAGGGAUUGAAGAAGAACAAAAGGAAAAGAUAGCCAGACGCUAUUUUGUUGAGGAAAUUGCAAAAAAGAUCAAUAUCAGGAGCAUGGAGAGAGGUACAUGUCGUCAGUUGUUAAAAUCCAUGACUGAAGACUUUAUUGAUGUUUAUAAAGGGGAUGUUUUAGGUACCCUCCCUGGCUUAAGAACCUAUAUGGUCAUGCUGCGGCCAACUCAUCUCCAAGAGACACUUCUCACAAAAAUAGAUGAAACAAUCAAUGUAAAUAAUGGUUCAUCUCUGGAGCUGGAGUUCCUGGUCUCUAUUGUCUCCAUACAUCCGUCACUUUUCAACGAUCUUCUCUUCACAAGUAAGUACUUUAGCACUGACUAUCGUAGCCUGGAAAGAUUCAGAAAAUAUCCCGAUCAAGGGGUGAAAUUGAAAUUUGUGGUCCAGAUCAUGGAGCUCUGCUCUUGUAAAGGGGAAAAGGUACUGAUUUUCUGCCAGUACAUUCCACCUCUGUUACUGCUGGAGGAAAUCUUUCAGAGUCAUUUUCAUUGGUCCAAAGGUGAAGAAAUUUUACUGCUCGAGGGUAAACACUCAUUGGAUGAACGUCAGGAUGUAAUUGACAAAUUCAGUCAGCAAGGAGGAAAGGCACGUGUCCUUCUGGCAUCCAUCAAAGCUUGUGGUGUAGGUGUUAAUCUGACAGAAGCUUCAAGGGUUAUCCUUCUUGAUCCAGUAUGGAAUCCCUCUUGCUCAAAGCAAGCUAUAUGCCGAGCUUUUCGCAUGGGUCAAAAGAGGUUUGUUCAUGUAUAUCAACUGAUAGCAUUUGGAACUCUUGAAGAAGAGAAAUAUGAGAAAAGUGUGUGGAAGGAAAGAAUGUCAAACCUGAUAUAUUCAAGUGAUGGUAGACAGAAUGUUGAGGCUCUGAAUAUUGAAGAUGAUGUGCUCAGGCAGCUGGUGGAAGAAGACGGGACCAUGUUCCAGAGAAUCAUGGAACAAGAGGAUAUUCAGAAACACAAGGAUUCCUCUGAUGACAUGGAAAUUGACAUUGAUGAUAUAUUACCCUUGGACUGAACUAUAACUUAAGUUGCAGACUAUCAACUGAACUUAAGUGUAUAAAAUAGUGCAAACGAUGACCACUAUUAAAAAGACAUGAUAAAUGUAUACUCUGAUUAUUGUUUUAAUAGUUUAUUGCUCCCUUAUACCCUCAUAUUCAAAAUGUGAACCCAGUUCUGACACCAUAUGAAAUGAUUUUGAUUACGUA